AUACCCGCUAUGUAAUAUCUCUCAUCCGAUCCAAUCACUGACCAGGACUUGGUCACUGAGCUACAAUUUCGUUUUGCUGUUGCCAAUCACACGGCACUGGGACACACGAUGAUGUCCAUAUAUGGGUAGCCUGCGGUUCAAUGUGCUCAAGCUGUCGCUGACUCGAGCGACCUAUCUAACACUCCCAAGAUGUUUGUCGACCUCCCGCAAGAAACUUUGCUUCACAUUUUUUCAUUUCUUGAUCUUCCUGACCUCGCUGCUUUGGCUCGCGUAAACUGGCAUUUGGCCUCACUGACAGCGGACCCCGUGCUUCAUCGCACGCGCUUACGAGUCAUCACGCCGUCCCGGGUGGAUCACUCAUUAUUUGGAAGGAGCCCCCAAGGAACACUUCUGAGACCCACCCUACAGGAGCUCGUGCAAAGGGGCGUUUUGCGUGGACUACAUAUUGAGAGGAGAUGGCGCACGGGAGGGUAUCUCUAUUCGCCUCACUGGGUGAAGCUGUAUGAGAAUAGCCUCCGCCUGAAUCAACAACAUACUCGGGCCGUGAUCUCCGCUCAUCUUCGACGCCGACCCCACAUGCCCAAUGCGCUGAAAGCGCUCCACCAAUUACAUGUCUUGCCUGAUACCGAAUCCUCAACACCAUCGAUAUCCCGCACACUAUUACCUGUCGUCCACAGGUUGAAGUGGUCCAUUCAGAAGGACAGAAUGGCAAGGAUCAUUCGGGGGAGUAUGUGCGGUAUGAUGGCGAGUGGUAUCGACUCUAAGGGAGCUUCGCAUUCUCACUCGGACCGUUUCGGCGCAUGGAUCGAGUGCCACGGGCAGAAUAUUUUUGGAGAGUCCGAAAGACUGAGACUUGCUCUUUGCCCUGGUGUGAGAAAGAUGAUCCAAUUCUACGAGAGGAUGGCAUGCUAAGUAAGUAUUGGUGAUGUUUGCAAUGGUUCCUCUGCAAAGAGGACUGUUCCUAUUGUCUGAAUCCUCUUCUGUUGUACUUCUUACACUGGCGGGACCUGCCAUUACGUAGAAGCAAGGUUCUAUGUUCCUACAGUAUCGCGGCACAUAUGAAUGAUCUCCAAGCACUCGUUUAUGUUAACACUCUAUCUGUUGCGGAGGUUCCGCAGUAGGCAGGAUUUCUUAGCACCAGUCAAGUCUUUCUGACAAACAGGCAUUCAGCGGGGCUGUUCCAGAAUCGUA